CGUUACGAUAAGAUUUUGUGAUUUGUUUUUCAAAUUCGACUUUAUAAACUUUAUUUAAUCACCUGCGCAAUGUAUUAUUGAUUGUAUGCUACUUGCUUAUUUGUUUACACGCAGGUGGGAAUGUUGUUAAAAGCUAUCAGUUGAAACAACAGCCGUCAUGUAGGGAAUAGAGCAUUAAGAUUGAUGAUGUGGCUAGUGAUUUUUUCAUUUAUUUUUGAGUUGACUGUGGAAGAUGUUAACUAAGACUUUUGUACUUGUUGGUGCACUUGUUAAUGAAAUUUUAAAAUUGACCUUUAGUUAGUUAUUGACUUUGUAAUUCUGUUGUUGUUGUUGUUUUGUUGUUGUUGCUUUUUAUUUUAUUUUGUUGUUUUUGUUUUUGUCUUUGUAGCUGUUGUUGUUUUUAUAGUUGUUAAAUACGUAAAUUCUUGUUUUCCCAGCAGCUAGAUAAGACGUUUUAAUGUUAACAUAAUGUUGCACUCACUCAUUCGGUGUGAAAGUUACCUCUGUAUGGAUAAUAACAAUGUGUUUUAUUUUCUUAAUCCUUUAGAAAUAAACAUAAUUCUUUCGCUGGUAUGUAUCAAAAUAAGUUCAUGGAUCGAUUAUAAAAAGAAAUUCUGCGAUAUUCGUUAUUUUCUCAACACUUCGUGUAACGAUGUCACGAAAUGUCCGCAGUUUGUUUUUAUUAAUUGUCGGUGUUAUCUUCGGCAUGUUUCUUCCGAUCAUCAUGAAGCAUCAUAUUACUACGGAUUUGACGCGAUGCCCUUCCAAGCGCGCGUCGUCAGGUCGGGGAGAAGACACGACGAGUUCGCGUCAUGUAAUGAAAAAUAAAAAGUUACUAUUCGUUGGAGUUAUGACUGCUGAAAAGUUUCUCGACACGCGUGCCAAGGCUGUUUACGAAACCUGGGCAAAAGAAAUGCCCGGUACGUUGAAGUUUUUUGCGAGUAGCAGUUCGAAACGAACUGAUCUGCCGGUCGUGUCUCUAGAGGGUGUGGACGAUUCUUACCCGCCACAACGAAAAUCUAUGAUGAUGUUGAAGUAUAUGCAUGACAACUUUAUCGAUGAGUACGAAUGGUUCUUGCGUUCAGACGAUGACGUCUACAUGCGCAUGGAAACGAUGGAGAGAUUUCUACGCACGUUAAACAGCAGUGAAGACCUGUAUAUCGGUCAGGCUGGCACUGGAACGAAAAGCGAGAAGGGCAGGUUAAGUCUUGGUUGGGGCGACAACUUCUGUAUGGGCGGACCAAGCGCCAUCUUGUCUUCGAGCACGUUGCGAAAAGUGACGCCAUAUUUGGAGCACUGUUUACAAAAUCUUGUGACGACGCACGAAGAUGUGGAAGUAGGGAGGUGUAUUAAGAAGUUUGUCGGUAUAUCCUGCACGUGGGCGUUUGAAAUGCAAUCUUUGUUUUACCACAACCAAUCAAAGGAGCAAUCGUACACAUUCACCCUGGACACGAAGUCGGUGCGGAACGCCAUCACGUUACACCCUUUAAAGAAACCUGAAUACAUGUACAGAAUGCAUUCUCAUUUCAAGGAAUUGAAAAUACGGGAAUUGUCUUAUGAGUCCAUCACAUACCAAAGAAAACUCGAUGUGUUGAAUACCCUUCUAGAUAGAGAUGCAGAUGAAAUAAGUGACAAUGAACUGGCAGCUUUGAACGACAUUAAACAUUUUCAUCAAAAAAUGUCAAAAGAAGAAUCUCCCGACUGGGAGAUGUUUACGCCUCGAAAAUUAUAUUCCUAUCGAACGAAUUCCCCCGAGAUUGGCAUGAUGAGUCCCACCAAGGACGCACUUAAUAGCGUCCUUGGACAAACGAUGUCAAUUAUUAACCGGGAAGCGCGAAAGGUUCUUCAUAGAACGCUCGAGUUUAAGCGGUUAAAUCAUGGUUAUCGACGUUACCAUCCCCUGUACGGUAUGCAAUACAUGCUAGACUUGUUAAUGAAAUAUCACCGCCAUAUCGGAAGAAAUCGCCGUCGCAUGACUGUUCACGUACGACACCACGCUUACUUGCAACAACCCUUCGGGGACAUGAUGCAUUCCAGCCAAAAAAUCUCUCUACAAAAAAAGAUUCAUUUCAUUUUACCGUUAGCCGGUCGCUUGGAGCAAUUCAAAAAGUUCAUGCAUACUUACGAGAAGGUUUGUUUACGACAUAGAGAACUGACGACAUUGGUUGUGUUAUAUUUCAACGAUGUUGCUUCACCCGACAAACAUUUUGAGUUGUAUAAAAAGUAUAAGAAGAAGUAUCCGACAGCAUCUUUAGAGUGGAUAAAUAUGAAAGGUCGCUUCUCUCGCGCCCUGGCUCUCACAAUGGGUGCGUCGCAGUACGAAAAAUCGGCUUUGUUGUUUUUUUGCGACGUGGAUUUAGACUUCAACUUCGACUUUUUAACCCGUUGCCGUGCUAACACCAUUUUAGGAAGGCAGCUUUAUUACCCGAUUGUUUUCAGUCAAUUCGCACCUGAAGUUGCAUACUGCAAAACGAAAAAACCAAACACGUCAUUUGUGUACACGGACAAUGCAGGUUUCUGGAGAGAAUACGCGUUUGGUAUUACGUGCCAACACCGUGUAGAUUUUGAUAUGAUUGGCGGAUUUGACACAACCAUUCAAGGGUGGGGAAUGGAAGACGUUGAUUUAUACGAUCGUUACGUUCAGAGUGACAAAUACGUUAUAUUUCGUGCUCCCGAUCCUGAUUUGGUGCAUAUCUAUCACGAGGUCGUGUGUGAUCCAAACCUAACGAAGAAGCAGUUGGACAUGUGUUAUACAUCCAAGUCGCAAACUUACGGCUCGCAAGCGAGUUUAUAUAAAGUUUUAUUAGAGAAAGGUUACCUAAGCGAAGAAUAGUCUUUGGUAUAGUUUUAGUAACAUGUCGACCAGGAGAGUUAAUGGAUGUGCUAUUCAAUUCUUUCAUACCUUGGGUGUUAUUAAUAUGAAAAACAUCUUUUAAUGUGCAAUGUACGUCCUGAAGUAAAGAUAUAUAAACGUUCUUCCUGGGACAAAGAUAUGUCAUAUUUUUUUUGUUCACAGUGUGUGUUUUAAAGUGAGUUAGAAGGUCGCCCCAUCAGAUAUUAUUGUUAACUUUGCAUAUGUAUUCUAGAAAUAUGCUUGUCAAAGUCAGGCAUCUUUAUAACUCUACGAAUCUUGGUCACAUUUACUACUUUUCGGAGAAAGUAGAGAUAAGCAACAGGUUAGUUUUCCUUAAACUUCGUUAUUUAACGGAUUCAUGUUUUAUUAACUGAAUUUCUGACUUCAUUUUCUAUAAAGGCUUUUACGAAAAAAAAAAUAUUUAUAUAUGUAUUUUACCUGCAUGUAUGUAUAUUUUAUAUUAGAGAUUUUAUGAAUAUUUAAAAAUGGGAAAUAAUUAAUUUAUUUAUAUUUAUAAUGUAGACAAUAAAACUUAAAAAUAUUUAUAAUAAAGAUGUUUAUGGUAAAGAUAUGACAGCAAAUUUGUCGUA